AUAGGAAAAAUAAAUAAUGAUUUAUUUACAUAUUUUGAUGAGUUAAUCGAUAAGAAAUUUGAAUUAUCAACAUUAACAUCACUAAAAACAACAAUAUCUGAUAGUAAAAUACUUCCUAUAGAAUUAAAAGAAAUAUUAAUUAGAAAGAUAAAUAAAAGAAUAGAACAGAAAAAAGAAUAUAAUACAAUAGAGCAAAAAAUAUUAAAUGAGAAAAAUAUUGAUAAACUUAAUUCGAUGGAAGAUGAUAUCAUUAAUGCAAAGCAUUUAAUAGAUACUCAGAAACAAGAUCUUUUUAACAAAAGAGAUAAUCAGAUUAAAGAAUUAAAAAAAGAUAAAGAAUUUGAAAGAUUAAAACAAGAAAUUCUUGAUACAAAUCUUAUAAAAAGAUAUAAUGAUCUUGUAGAAAGAAUUUCUAAUGAAAAAGAUAUCAUCAAACUUGAAGAUAAAAAUUUAUAUGAUAUAGAAAUUGGAAAUAUAAAUGAAUCUUUAUUAGAAGGAGAGAAUACAAGAGAAAGAUUACAUAUAAUAAGAAGGAAUAGAUUAGAUUCUUUAUUGAAUAAUGAAGAGAAUGAAACUUAUGAUACAAUUAAAUUAAGAAUUAGUGAAUUAGAAUCAAUUCCAAAACAACCUAAACGUCCACUUCCUAUUGAAGAUGAAGAAGAUAUUCCAACUAGAAAUAUUGAUAAAGCUUCAGAAUCAAGAAAUUUAAUAGGUGAUAGUGUUCGACAGAUAAAUUAUAUUAUAUCAGAAUAUAAGAAGACAUUAAGUGAUGAUGAUAAAAGAUUUUUUAAUAGAGUUAAAACAAGUAAUGUUAGACAAAUGAUAAAAGUAGCAUAUGAAAAGAGUUUAGAUAAAAGAUCAUUGUUAAAUGUUUUUUAUAAUAUCUGGGUUCUUUCUAAAGAUGAUCGAUUUUUAUUGAGUAAAGGAUUUACUAAAAAAAAGAUACAAGAAGGAAAAAAAUUAUCUGAAGAUAUUAAUGAUUACUUAUAUGCAAACACUAAAAGGUUGAGAAAUAUGGAACUUCCUAGAUUAAAAAAGAAAAGUGGAUUUAAUAUGGAAACUCGACCAAGAAUAUAUUUAAAAUCAACUCAAAGUUUUUUGAUGAAUCCAUUAGGAUUUCCAGAAGAGAAAAUUGAUAAUAUUAAAAAUGUACAAGUUAUAAUUGAUCAAUAUAAAAAAUCAUUAAGUAAUCCAUUUGAUAUUUUAGAAAAAGAUAUUAAUACUCUUCAAGAUACGUUAACUGAGUAUAUGUUAAAUUAUAAUAGUGAAGAUGAAAAGAAAAAGUAUUUAGACAAAAUUACUAGAAUACUUCUUAAAGGUGAAAUUAAACCUGAAGAUGAUGAUAUAAUAGAUAUUUUUAAUUCAUUUGAUUUUAUAUAUUAA